AUGUCGUCCGUAAAAGUAGCGGUGCGAGUCCGUCCUUUCAACAGCCGAGAGAUAACAAACAAUGCUAAAAUGAUUAUCACUAUUGGCCCGGAGAGAACGCACAGCUUUAACUUUGACUAUUCCUAUUGGUCAUUCAGCAAAAAUGACAGCAAUUUUGCAAGCCAGCAGCAAGUCUAUCAAGAUCUUGGCGUUGAAAUGCUUGAUCACGCAUUUGAAGGGUAA